AUGGAUGUGUUCAGAGCACCUGAAAAUGAGUCUCUGCUCUCUGAUUCCACUGCAAGCUCCACACCUUGGGAUCCCUUCCACCACCCCCUGGAAAUCAUCCAGCCCUGGAACUUCCAGCUUCUAGCUGCAUUAAUGUUCUUGGUGACAUCUCUGUCGCUCUCUGAGAAUUUUGCUGUCAUACUGGUGACUUUUAAGUUCAAACAGUUGAGGCAACCUGUCAAUUAUGUCAUAGUAAACCUGGCUAUAGCUGAUUUUCUGGUCUCAUUGAUUGGUGGCACGAUCAGUUUUUUUACCAAUAUAAAAGGCUAUUUUUAUAUGGGACAUUGGGCUUGUGUACUGGAGGGAUUUGCCAUCACAUUCUUUGGAAUCGUUGGUCUCUGGUCUCUUGCUCUGCUGGCUUUUGAGAGGUACAUUGUGAUCUGUCGCCCACUGGGAAAUAUGCGCCUGAGGGGGAAGCAUGCAGCCCUGGGCAUUAUCUUCGUCUGGAUCUUUUCCUUUAUCUGGACCAUCCCUCCUACCAUGGGCUGGAGCAGCUACACCACCAGCAAGAUUGGAACUACCUGUGAGCCCAACUGGUAUUCAGGAGCCUAUAAUGAUCAUACCUACAUUAUUACAUUCUUCACCACCUGUUUCAUACUGCCAUUACUUGUGAUUUUGGUAUCCUAUGGAAAAUUGAUGAGGAAACUAAGAAAGGUGUCAGAUACUCAAGGCAGAUUGGGGACUACAAGGAAACCUGAAAGACAAGUCGCUCGAAUGGUUAUUAUUAUGAUCCUUGCAUUUCUAUUCUGCUGGUCUCCAUAUGCAGCCUUUUCCAUUCUUGUCACCGCAUGGCCUUCCAUUGAGCUGGAGCCUCGUCUGGCCGCAAUUCCAGCUUUCUUUUCCAAAACAGCUACAGUUUAUAAUCCGAUUAUUUAUGUCUUUAUGAACAAACAGUUCCGGAGGUGUUUCAUUCAGCUGUGCGGAUGCAGUGACCAAGAGACUGCAACAUGCAAUAUGAACCCAACUUUGGAGAGAGUGGUGAUAACCCAGGACAAAGGUGGUGGUGAAAUGUUCACAAUAGCAGCACACAACACCAUUUCAAACAGGAGAAAUGAGGAUGAACAGAGGAGCUGCCAUUUUUUUACUCAGUUGACAGUUUCAGAAAACAAAGUCUGUCCGAUGUAAACAGAACAAGUUUCGAGAUAAGAAAUGCAGCACUACAGAAUGUUCCCUUGUUAUCAGCGGUUCAUUCAAAUGGUUGUCAGCAAGACUGUGAGGGCCCACAAUCUGGCAGAAAUUUGCUUCUGGGGUUGCUGAGCCACAGAAACACCAAGGGCCUCCAAGCUCUGCAGCUGUAGGUAUUCCUUGUAUUCAGAGGGCAAAGAAUCAGCAUGCUAUGUGACAGUGGAAUGCCCCACUAUUAACUGAUUCCACACUAUCCCUUUUCCAGACCAUCCACCCUCCUGGCUCCUGGGAAUGACUUCAGGAGACUCCAGUGAACAUAUACUGGGACUUGACAUGCUAACAGGGAAGUAGGUUCUCAUUCAACUGACUGAACAUUGGGAAUUGGAAGAAAACAAAGGAUCCCAUGGCUCCAAAUUAAUAAAGAUAAAUAAAUAAUACUUAGUACUUGGCUGACUGGAGCUCAAACAG